AGUACUCGGUGAUGAUCGGCUCCUCGCGGCUGAAGCCUUUGUUUCCCUCCAUGGCUCUCUGGAUCCCCGUGAAGGACAUCAUCAUGCACCCCAGGUACUGGGGACAGACCUUCAUCAUUGGUGAUGUUGCCCUUCUUCGGCUGCGCACUCCCGUUACCUUCAGCAAGCACGUGCAGCCCAUCUGUCUCCCUGAGCCCGGCCUGAACUUGAAGGUUGGGACACAGUGCUGGGUGACUGGCUGGAGCCAGGUGAAGCAGCGCUUCUCAGCUAACACCACGCCGACACCAGAGCUGCAGGAGGCCGAGGUGUUCAUCAUUGAUAAUAAGAGGUGUGACCGAAUUUACCACAGGAAGUCUUUGUACCCCCGCAUCAUGCCCCUUGUCCUGAGUGACAUGGUCUGUGCCACCAACCAUGAAGAAAACUUGUGCUAUGGUGACUCCGGGGGGCCGCUGGCUUGCGAAGUGGAGGGCAGGUGGAUUCUUGCAGGGGUCUUGUCCUGGGAGAAGGCCUGCGCCAAAGCCCAGAAUCCGGGUGUGUACACCCGCGUCACCAAGUACACCAGCUGGAUCAAGAAGCAGAUGAGUAGGGGGACAGUCUUAGGGGUCUGCACCCCCUGGCUUCUCCUCCUGUCCUGGUUGCUGUAGCCCCUGCUGGGCCCCUGACCGCCUUCUGUGUCCUCUCCCUGCUCAGCUGCUGCUGAAAGUGACCGGGUGGAUUUGGUCAUGGGUCCACAUUGACCAGGAGUCAGAGCAGGGAAGGAGUGCCCUGGGAAGCAAGGACCUUCUUGGGUGACCCAGCAGAGCGGGAUGUAGCAGCUGACAAGGCCUUGGGGUGACAAGGAGAAGGGAAGAAUGACCUUAGAAGUUGUGG